AUGACUAGCAAAGACUACUACUUUGACUCGUACGCGCACUUUGGGAUCCACGAGGAGAUGCUCAAGGACGAGGUCCGCACGGUCUCAUACCGCGACUCGAUCAUCAAGAACAAGCAUCUGUUCAAGGACAAGAUUGUGCUUGACGUGGGCUGCGGCACGGGUAUCCUGUCGAUGUUCGCCGCCAAGGCCGGCGCCAAGCACGUAAUCGGUGUGGACAUGUCGAACAUCAUCGACAAGGCCAAGCUGAUUGUGGCCGAGAACGGUCUGUCAGACAAAGUCACCCUGCUGAAGGGCAAGAUGGAGGAGAUUGUUCUGCCGUACGACCACGUCGAUAUCAUCAUUUCCGAGUGGAUGGGCUACUUUUUGCUGUACGAGAGCAUGCUGGACACGGUUCUGGUUGCGCGCGACAAGUACCUAAGCCCUGGCGGCAUGAUCUUCCCCGACACGGCGACCAUGGUGAUCUCGACGAUCGAGGACGGCGACUACCGGGAGGAGAAGCUCGGCUUCUGGGACAACGUCUAUGGCUUCUCGAUGUCGUGCAUCAAGGAGGCUGCGCUGAAGGAGCCGCUGGUCGACACUGUUGAGUCGCGGUUCGUCAACUCGACGCCCAUGGUGUUCAAGACUAUCGAUAUCCUGACUGUCAAGAAGGAGGAUCUGACGUUCCAGGUGCCGUUCGAGAUCGAGGUGUCGCGCGACGACUACGUCCACGCGUUCAUCUCGUGGUUCGACAUUGAGUUCCGUGCCUGCCACAAGCCUGUGCGCUUCUCGACCGGGCCAUUCGCCAAGUACACGCACUGGAAGCAGACUGUGUUCUACACUCCCGAUUCGAUGACCGUGUGCAAGGGCGACAAGAUCUCGGGCGAGAUCACAUGUGCGCCCAACAAGGAGAACCCGCGCGACCUCGACAUCAUCAUCAGCUAUGAGCUCGAUGGCAAGGAGGCCAAGGCCAAGGACAGCCUCGAGUACCGGAUGUGCUAG